AUUAGUUAUUCAUUUCAUUUCACCGGAGCAAACAACAAAACAGAACUGAGUCAACUCAGACCGAGUUACCAAGAACCCUUACAAAUUAACACACAUACAUACACACAUGGGUAUAUGCAGCUCGAGCGAGUCGACUCAGGUCGCCACGGCGAAGCUGAUCUUGCAAGACGGUAGGAUGAUGGAGUUUGCCAACCCCGUUAAAGUCGGAUACGUUUUGCUCAAGUAUCCCAUGUGCUUUAUAUGCAACUCCGACGAUAUGGACUUCGACGACGCCGUCUCCGCCAUCAGCGCUGACGAGGAGCUUCAGCUUGGUCAGAUAUACUUCGCUCUUCCUCUUUGUUGGCUUCGUCAGCCUCUUAAAGCGGAGGAGAUGGCUGCAUUGGCCGUCAAAGCCAGCUCUGCCCUCAUGCGAGGAGGCGGAGGAGGCGGAGGAGGAGGAGGUUGUCGCCGGAAAUGCGUUGAUCCUAUUGUCUCCGAUAAGUGUCGGACGAGAGUCGGAUCAGCUGAUGAUACGGUGGGUUCCGGCGCCGGAAGGAGGAAAGUCAGGAACGUAGACGGUGGCGGUAGUCUUAGUAGUAGCCGGAGGAGGAAAUGUUACGCGGCGGAGUUGAGUACGAUAGAGGAGUGAAGGGUAGUUUCGGAAUUUUGAUUUAAAUUUAAAAAUAUAUGUGGAUAGUGUAAAUUAUUAUUAUGUUGGGGCCUAUUUAGUCAUUUAAUGAAGAUGCAAUUUGCAUAUUGGCAAAAAGUUCUUAUUUGGGAUAUCUCAA